CAAAGUAAAUCAUGAUGCCUGGAUUUGUUUUAUAGAAAGAUGUCAGACUUCCCCACCUCCUCCACUCCCACCCCCACUCUGGAUCACUGCGACUACGGCGACUGGUAUCCCUCCUUCUCCAUCAUCCCGUCUGUCUAUAUUCUGGCCUUCUUGGUGGGUUGCCUUGGUAACAGCUUGGUGCUCUCGGUGUACCUGCGUCGACCCGACGGGAUCAGGAUAGGAGACAAACCUCAGUGUUGCUGCUUUUUCAGAGCCAGUCACCAACAUCUGCCUUCUCCUUGUAAGAACAAACCAUCAGGACGAAGCUACAGAACUUCCUCUCAUUCCUUCACCUCUUCCUCGUGUCCUCCCUCCAUCCCUCGGCCCUCUCGCUCCCUCACAGAUUCUCUGAUAGCCAGUUUGGCAUUAGCUGACCUUUGCUUUCUUGUAACUCUCCCUCUUUGGGCUACCUACACAGCAAUGGGAUAUCACUGGCCUUUUGGGCAACCCCUUUGCCAGAUCAGUAGCUUCCUCACCGCUCUCACCAUGUACGCCAGCGUAUUCAGUCUGAGCGUGCUCAGUGUGGAGCGGUACUGGAUCCUGACGGGACGGCGGCACUCCAGCCACCAUCCCUCGCCGAGGUGUCCCGGCAGGACGCUGUGGGUACUCGUAGCGGUGUGGGUGGUAGCAGCGGUCCUGGCUCUUCCUGGUUUGCUGCUGCGUUCUGUCAGGGAAGUGGAACUUGACCCCAAGUCUGAGGAUGACCCCGGAUCUGUAGUCCUCUCCUGCCAGAUGGAUUACUCCAUGCUGGUUGGGGCAGAGCUCGAAGAGGCUGAAAAAGACAGGGCAGAGGUGUGGUGGGCUGCCGUGUUGAGCUUAAAGUCAACCCUAAUUGGCUUCCUGCUACCGCUUGUCAUCAUGCUCGUCUGCUACUGCUCAUUGGCUCAGCUGCUCCGCAGGCACUUUGGACGUGGCCCCCGUCCCGACCACAGGCGCCAGCGCAGACUCCUCAGGGUCAUUGUCACUUUAGUGAUGGCCUUCUUCCUCUGCUGGAUGCCACUCAACGUCAACAAGACUGUCUCCGUCCUGCUGGAGUUGGGCUUCGUCCCAUAUUCAUGUCCUCUAGACCAGGCUCUGCUGGCCGCUCAUCCUUACGUCACCUGUUUGGCUUACCUCAACUCCUGCCUGAACCCUCUGCUCUACGCCGCAUGUGACCCUUCAUUCAGGGAACGAUGCAGAGCAACUCUGCUCGUGUGGUGCGGGAUGUGCAGACGAGAAGCAGAGGGAGACGGGAGGAAAGAAGAACAAGAGAAACAGCAGAGGAGCUCAACCUUUCCAGCAAGGACACAAGAGGACGUAGAGGGAAGGACAGAAGACGAAGAGGACAGGUUAUGA